AUGCGAUGGCGGCAACUCGGAAAGCUUCUGGAACAUUCGGUGCUCAUUAUAUCGGCGGACGGGCUGGCCUUAAGCGCUCGCCAAAGCGGCCGCGACCAGUUUGACGGUCGCGGGGUCAAUAAACAGGGCGCGAUUCGGCGAGGUAGGCGGACCCGCGAGGCAGGUACGUGCGCCGAUUUAAUGUGCACUUAUCGUCUCACCGACAGCGCUGCGUGUGCCGAAAUUGUGCAUGAAUUCGCCAUA